AUGAAGUCUCUCCGUGACAUUUUCAAUGAGUCCAUAGAGUUUACACCUGCAACAUUCACUUUUGUCGGCAUCUCAGGGCUGGAGGCAGAACACAUAUGGAUAUCCAUCCCGUUCUGCCUGAUGUACACCAUCAUCUUCCUGGGAAAUGGCAUCAUUCUUCACGUCAUCCGGAUUGACCGGGCCUUGCACCAACCCAUGUACUACUUCCUGGCCAUGCUGGCCUUUGUUGAGCUUGGUGUCUCUGCUUCCACUAUGCCCACCGUGCUAAGCAUCUUUCUCUUUGGCAUUACUGAUAUCAGUUUUGGAGGCUGUCUGCUACAGAUGUUUUUUAUGCACUCUUUUACCCUCAUGGAGUCAGAUGUCCUUCUGGCAAUGUCUGUGGACCGCUUUGUGGCCAUCUACAGCCCACUGCGCUACACAACCAUCCUGACAAUUCCCCGCAUCACUGGGAUGCGUGUCGCCAUUGCCCUACGAAGCGUGAUGCUCAUGCUUCCACUGUUGUUUCUCCUGAAGCAUUUGCCUUUCUGUGGGCACAACACCCUCACACACUCUUAUUGUCUCCACUCAGAUCUGAUCAAAUUGCCCUAUGGAGAUACACGCCCCAAUAGCAUCAUGGGCCUAUUUGUCAUAACCUCCACAUUUGGGCUGGACUCAUUGUUCAUUGUGGUUUCCUACAUACUGAUUCUUCACACAGUACUGGGAAUAGCUUCUGGAGGGUGGUGGCGGGCACUAAACACGUGUGUGUCACACAUAUGUGCUGUGCUUAUGUACUAUGUGCCCAUGAUAAGCCUUUCCUUGAUGCACCGCUUUGGAUGGCAUUUACCUCCUCUCCUCCAGACUGCCAUGGCCGAUGUUUACCUCUUCUUCCCACCUGUGGUCAACCCCAUUGUCUAUAGCAUCAAAACCAAGGAAAUUCGCAAUAGCAUUGUCCGUAUAUUAUCCAGAAAGAGGAGUGAGGUCUAA